AUGGACAUAACUAGUUAUUGCAGAUUAUUCGUUAUAGCUGCGUUAUUUGGUAUAGCGCUGAGUGUAACUGAAUUUUGCGAUAAUGAAAACUGUGGUGUGGCGAGUUCAGAGGGAAAUAAAACACGUUCCCGGCUUCUGUCUAGAACUAAGAGGUUCAUUGUGUUCCCCGACGGCAGCUCGUUUCAAUUAGUAUUUUGCGUGCAAACGAUGGCUCUGAUACCAAUAGGGGAUAUCUUCCUUUACGGUAACACAGCAGCUCUCGCCUGGAAUCUACCCUCGGAUCCCAAAUUCUUCCACAUGUUCAAAGAACAUGAUAAAGAAAUGCAAAGAAGAGGCGAUACACAGAAGAAUAUAUAUUAUCUAGAUGACAAAGGAAAAGUUUUAGCAAAAGUACCCUUUAGGAAGCCAUUGAUAGUGAACCCGGCGUUCGCGAAAAGGAGCGUCGACGACAAAAUAACGUUCAGAGAGAAAUUGAAAAUCAAAAUAGACCGAAUGAAAAUGCACGAGAAACAGGCGCAGAGGGAAUUUCUCAACAAAGAACAUUUGGAUAAAGACAGCGUUGAUUUCCAUAGAAAAAGUCGAGUGGAGUUGUUUGAGAAAAUAGAAAAAUUAAUGACUACUUUGGGUCGAAAUGGUAAACAAUGCGUUCUCUAUAAGCUGUGUGAGUCCGCACAGAAUUCAAGUCAAGGGUCAUUCCUACAGGAACUGUUUAGAGUGCUGUUCACGUUACCUAAAGGGACUGAAUUUGAUUACGAUGAACACAAAGAAUACGACAAAGCUCAUUCAAAAAUAGACGACUGUUCAAAAAUGUACCCAGGAUUAUUCUGCGCACAAAAUCAAGGAUAUCUUCAAGUAGGUGAUAUAGUUUGGUUCGGUAAUACCGCAGCUUUAGCCUGGCAAUUACCAACGGAUCCCAAAUUGUUCUACUUCUUUAAAGAUCAUGAGAAACUCUACGAAUCUCACAGAAGAAAUGAUGCAUCUAAAACUAUAUAUUAUUUGGAUGAAGAUGGAAAAGUAAUUUCGAAAAUGCCUUACAAGAAACGAUUAAUUGUAAAUCCAGCGUUCGCUAAACGCAGUAUAGAAGAAGCUAACAAUGGAAGGAAUUUCUCAGUUGUGAUUAAAACACUACAUGAUGCUCAAAAGGGUAACAACAUCUUAAGAAACUUAGACGAAGAUAGCAUUUCAUUUCACAGAGAGAGUAGAAAAAGCUUUUAUGCGAAAUUUGAAAAAUUUCUCGAAGGAUUAGGUUGGCGCGGUCGGGAAUGUGUACUACGCAUGCUUUGCGAGACAGGCCGAGGUAAAAAUGAACAAGGCACGUUUCUAGAAGAAAUCAUGAGGGCUACGCUUACGUUACCACGAGGUCAAAAGUUCGACGACGAGUAUCACAAGGAAUAUGACGAAGCGCAUCUAAGUAAUGACGAUUUGAAUAAUACAGAUCAAUGCCCUAAUGUUAAGACUCACUUAGGUUCGAUAAGAAAACGAAGGCAUUUAACGUUCCCUGAUGGAAGCGAUGUUGUUCUAACAAUAUCAGUUGUAAAAGCGUUCAUGACACACGCUCCAUCAGGAUGGAAUUUGGUCUUAGAAAUCGAUGUGUUAUAUCCCCUGCCUGAUGCAAAUUUCACGAACGCACAUUAUAGAAGAAAACUACAUCACAGGCAGAAAAGGGAAUUCUGGGAGAGGGUACGAUCGGCUUUGGAAUUUCAUAAUCUAAACGGCCGUGCUUGCAUCCUGAGAAGCAUUUGUGAGGCCAAGACGUACCUCGCGGAGCCCGGCAGAUCGUUAGUGCAUGACAUUUUGAAAGCUAUUUUCACAGCCCCUCUACACGAGGCUGAGUUCGUGGAGGAAGUGAGUGGGACUUACAACGAGUUACUUGACCCUGAUUUUUGUGAAACUGACUACGAUUGCCCGUUUUCCCUUCUACAUUUCGUUUUGGCUUUGAACAAACAAAAAUAUUGA